CCCAGGCUCCUGCAGGCACUGGCACAGCUACAGCGAGGCCUCGGCCAUCCAAGGAUUUCCCAGGUGACCUUCCCCCAACCCCAGGAAGCUAUGACAGAGGCCAGGAAGCCGCCUCCACUGCUACCCCCACGGCUGGACUGGUUCGUGCACACCCAGGGAUGCUGAGGACUUGCUUGAGUCACAGCCACUGGGAUCCUUUCUCAUCAGGGUCAGUCACAGCCAUGUGGGCUACACGCUCUCCUACAAGUAAGGCCUGAGCCGGGGGCCAGGGCAGGGGCAGGUGGGCUUUGGGGUUUCCUUGAAGGGGGCAAGGGGUGCUUCAUGUCAUAGCUUCUCAGAAAGCAGCAGUAACUGAGGCUGUGGGUCUGAGAACAGGAGCUGCUAGGGACCUAAGAUUGGCAGCUUCUCUCCCUCCACCCCUCACAAUCUAAUUAGUGAUUCCCUGACUGUGUGUUAGGGAAACCGAGGGAAGCCCAGCUCCUUAAGACCUGAAAGCCAAACAAAUCCAGAGGAUUCCAGGCCAAAGGAAGAAAAACCCAAUGACUCAAUUACAGAGUUGUGCACAGUGGGAAAAACUUAUCCAAGGCUCAGCUCUGCCAUUACCUGCUGUGUGACCUUAGACAAGUUACUCAACCUCUCUGUGCCUUCAGUAAAGGAGUGUCACACUUUAAUUCAGAGUGUUCAUGUGAGGAUUAACUGAGAUACAGUCAGCACAUAGAGAGCCAUUAAUAUACAUUCAUUGGUUAACUGAGCAUUUAUUCAGCACUUGCUGUGUGCCAGGUACACAGCCUUAGGUUGGGGCUUUCUUUUUGCUUUUCUUUUUGAGACAGAGUCUCACGCUGUCACCCAGGCUGGAGUACAGUGGCAUGAUCUCGGCUCACUGCAACUUCCACCUCCUGGGUUCAAGCGAUUCUCCUGCCUCGGCCUCCCCAGUAGCUGGGAUUACAGGCACCUGCCACUGUUGCUGUCGGUUCCUAUGGGAGUGAAUGAAGGGGGCAGACAUAGAAAUUAAGACAAAGACAAAAAAUCUGUUUUGAAAGUAGGGGACAGGGGGCUCCUUGCUUCUAAUGAGCAAAGGCAGCUUUGAGCUUCCACAGCCCUUCGUAUUUAUUAGAUAGAAAGAGCAGGAAGGGAGAGGUAACCGUUGGUCAGCUGCUUGAUUUUUCACAGGUACACAUAAUUGCUUUCUUUGUACAACGGCUUCAGACGUGCCUAUAGUUAACCACAAGGAACACUGCGCUUGGGGCGUGACUGCCCUCAGCACUCCUUCUGGCAGCACACACAGUUGUCAGUUUUCCAACAUCCUGCUUUCAUGAGAACAGUUUUCCGUUUACUCAGAUAGUCUCCAGUGGUAUACUGAGUUGGUCACGACCCCCGUUUUCUUGGCCUGUAACAUGCCACCACACCUGGCUAAUUUUUGUAUUUUUAGGAGAGACAAGGUUUCAACAUGUUGGCCAGGCUGGUCUGCAACUCCUGGCCUCGAGUAAUCCGCCAGCCUCAGCCUCCCAAAGUGCUGGGAUUACAGGCGUGAGCCACCAUGCCCAGCUUUCAUGAUCAUUUCUAUUGAUCACUUACCCCUGGCCAGGUAAUAAGUUAAGCUUUUGUCUGUAGUAGCAUGUUUUAUCUGAGGUCAGCCUUUGUACUCCUGUGUUAUAAAUGGGGGAAACUGAGGCACAGCGAGGUUAGUAACCUGCUGGGUGUUGCAUGGCUAGUCAGUGAAGAAGCCUGCAUGGGAACCUGGGGUAGUCUAGCUGUAGCAGUGAUGCUGCCAGCCCAAGGGCUGGCCGGGGGCGCUUGGGGCAGGGAUGAGGGGGAGUAGGAUGUCCCAGCCCCCUCAGUGUCUCCGCAGAGCCCAAAGCAGCUGCUGCCAUUUCAUGGUGAAGCUCUUGGAUGAUGGGACUUUCGUAAUCCCCGGGGAGAAGGUGGCCCACACCUCACUGGACGCCCUGGUCACCUUCCACCAGCAGAAUCCAAUUGAGCCGCGCAGGGAGCUGCUGACACAGCCCUGCAGGCAGAAGGAUCCGGCAAACGUGGAUUACGAGGAUCUCUUCCUCUACUCCAACGCAGUGGCGGAGGAAGCUGCCUGCCCGGUGUCUGCACCUGAGGAGGCCUCCCCAAAGCCAGUCCUGCGUCGCCAAUCAAAGGAAAGGAAGCCGUCAUCAGAGAUGAACAGAGUAACCACCGAGGAAGCCACUUCCUCCUGCCCCCCAAAAGCCCCUCUUGGAGAGACCCGCCAGAAACUCUGGAGGAGCCUCAAAAUGCUGCCCCAGAGAGGCUACAGGGUCCAGCAGCAGCUGAAAAGCCACCUCGCCACUGUGAGCUUGCCGUCACUCUUGGAUGUCCGGAGAUCCCCGGUGAUCUCAGGCCCUGGGACCGGAAAAGGCAGCCAAGAUCACUCAGGAGAUCCCACUUCGGGGGACAGAGUCCACACGGAUCCGUGUGUGGUCACAUCUCUCAAAAGCCCCUCACAGCCCCAGGCACCAAAAGACAGAAAGAUCCCCACCAGAAAGGCCGAGAGGUCUGCCAGCUACAGUGACGUGACCCCAGGGGACAGGAGUUGGCACCAAAUGGUAAUGAGAGCUCUAUCCUCCCAGGAUUCCACACCAGAGCACCAGGGCUUGGCAGGGCCUGAGAACGACCAGCUCCCAGAGGAGUACCAACAACCGCCACCCUUUGCCCCUGGGUACUGCUAGAGAACAGGUCCACCCUGGCUCUGUACUCUUGCUACCAGGGGCUGCCACACUCCUGAAUGUCCUAACAUUUCUUCCAUGGCCCCACACCAUGGCAUCCGGGAGUCUUCGGGAACCCGGGAAACAGAAUGAAGAUAUUUUUGGGGUCUGUUCCUGCAGUCACCCAUGGGGUGAGCUGGUUAUUUUAGUAAUAAUCAUCAGAGUGACGCUGAUGGUUCGGGGUGCCUCCUGUACAUCAGCCCCCGUGCCAGACCCUCUAUUCAUUAUUUUACGCCUGAGAGCAGGCCCCUCAGGUAGCGUCACCCUCCAUGUUUUGAAGAAGAGACUGAGGUUCAGAGAGGAUAAGAGCGUGACCAAGGCCACAGAGCUAUGGCGGUCAGCACCAGGAUUUGAAGCCAGGUGAAUCCGAGCCCUUUUCCCACAGCAUCUGUUUAUUCCGUUGUCUAAAAGCACACUUCUGGUCGGGAGCAGUGGCUCAUGCCUGUAGUCCUAGCACUUUGAGGGGCCAAGGCAGACGGAUUGCUUGAGGCCAGGAGUUCGAGACCAGCCUGGCCAAAAUGGUGAAACCCUGUCUAUAUUAAAAAAUUCAAAAAUUACCUGGACUUGAUGGCACAUGCUUAUAAUCCCAGCUACUUGGGAGCCUGAGGCAGGAGAAUCACUUGAACCCAGGAGGCAGUGGUUGCAGUGAGCCAAGAUAGCAUCACUGCAGUGCAGCCUGGAUGACAGGGUGAGACUCCAUC